UGGAGAUGGAGGAGAUUUUAAAACGAGGUGAGACUCAAGGUCGUCCAACAGGUCCAGCGAAUCUUGGUUUCUUUCAGUCUGAAUCAGGAAAACAAAACGCAGAAAACGUGUUUGUUCUUGUCGUCCAUUACGAUUUCAAAAACCAUGGGCAAAAAUUUCGUAACUGUGACGCACCAGACGUGGAAAAACUGGAAACAACCUUUGGAAAAGACCGAAACUGUAAUUUCCGCGGCCUUUUUAGACCAAAAAAGGAAAUUCUGCUCGAUCUUCUCGGCAACCAGGAAAAGCUCUUGCGAUUUUUCGCCUCAAAAGACAAGAUCCCGUCGGUUUUCGUGCUGUUUUUCCUCUCUCACGGAAACGAAAAUGGAGUGAUCGGCACCGAUUACUGGAACGAGCAAGAGAAUGAUUUUAUUUCCUUCACGACAGAAGAGGUUUUUGACUCCCUGAAAAAUCUGCAUGGAUUCGAGCAAUGUUUGAAACUUGUCAACUUUGGUCCAUGUAGGGGAAAACUAGAAGAUGCAAAAUUCGACCGAAAAAAGGAUUACAAAGACUACGAAAACAAAAACUCUUGCCGAAUCACGAUGGCUCCUGAUAUGCCCAACACAGUCAUCAUUUACUCGACAGUUGAGACAACCAUGGCAAACACAAGUGAACGCGGUUCCUGGUUCGUGAGCAUCAUGUGCGAUGUUUUGAACCGAAUCAGCGAGGAUAAGCUUUUGUUGUUAUUCCUCACGUCAGUCCAGCACAAAAUGCACAAAGCGUCUAUCGCUGGACCAGACUUCGCAACAAACCUUCAUCUUGGACAGACGCCAGAGGUCAAAAUGUUCCCCUUAGACAGGAAUUUUUCCUUCUCAAGGGCAUUGACUGCUGCAAAAACUGUUUCAAGAACUGAUUCGCGCAUGGAAAAAGCAGCAACAAUCACGUCAACGUCUGAAUUUUUUUCGUGGAAGUCAGACGACGGUAAAAACAUCAGAGGUCGACGCGCCUUCAUCUUUUACGAACAGCAAACGUUAGAAGUUGAAGAAACGGAAAAAGCUCUGAGGCAAAACUUGGAUUUUGAUACAAGACUUUGGAAGUUGAAAAAAGAAUCUUUGGACGAUUAUUACAAACAAGUCAACCAUGACGUUGGCUGCGUUUUGACUUGCAUUUUCGGCCAAGUGAGCGAAAAGGAAAGGACAAGAGAAGUUUGCGUGCUUGUGAACGGAGAAGAAAAACCAAUCGCUGAUAUUUUACACGGAUUUAUCGGCCCGAAAAAUGAAAGAUUGAUCGGAAAGCCCAAAAUCUUUUUCAUCAUUGACCAAAAGGCGCAGGAAUGUGACUCUAGCAAAUUUGAAGUCUCGUCAACGAACCACAGCGGCUGGCUUGUCAUGAUUUUGAAAGAAAAAGAAUUUCUUCAGCGCUUAAUCGGAAUCUUAAAAGGUGAUGAGCUGAAAAAGGGAAGAAGCUUGCAAGAGCUUUUAGAGCCCCUUCUCACAACUGGAGCUAAAAAAGAAUUUACUCUGCUUAACUCGACGCUUCAGUACUUAAUUGAUUUUCCCGACUGGCCGAGGACUUUCGUGAAACCAGAUUUCAAGUUGAAAGGCUACAGGAAAAAGAUUGGCUUCGAUGAUUUGAUCAAAGAGGCGAAAAGGUUGCGAGAAAACCAGGUUUGGCUUUUGAGUUCGGUUGCCGGCGCCGGAAAAACGACCGUUCUCAAAGAAAUCGCUUUUCAACUAGGAAAAUCCGAUCAAGAUGCCAAAAUUCUUAAUAUCUCGUUAAAGAAACACUUCGUUUACAUAUUGAGCAUUUCUCGAGUGGAUGUAGUCCAAUUUCUUGUCGAAACCACAGGGUAUUCUGCUGAAGACAUACAAAGUUGGAUUGCUCACAUAAGAAUCGUAGUCUUCCUGGAUGGAUUCGACGAAGUUUGUCCGCACAGCAGGGAAAAAGUUCUCAAAAUAGUGAGGGCUUUGAGAGAAAGAGGAAUUCCACUUUGCGUAGCAACGAGACCUCACGAGGCGAAAGUGAUCGAGAAAGCAGUUGUCAACGUAAAACUUCUCGAAAUAGAGCCACUCGAUGAAGAGAAGCAAAAAGAGUUUCUGCAGUCCGUUUUCGGUAAGGAUGAAGAAGAAAUCAAAAGAGUGUUUCACGCUAUCAAACAAAUAAGCUUUUCAAACUCUGAUGAUCAACCUUAUAAGGAUAAAAAUCGGGACAAUGUCCUGGUCAACCCCCUGCUCCUGUUGUUAGUAGCUCAGAGCAGCGGCGAAGGAAACUUAUACUUAAUUUACGACAAAGUGGUGAGGAAGAAGGUAGAAAUGUGUUUGGUCAGGGAAAAUGGCUACAAUAAAGUGGCAUCGGAGAAGAUUGAAAUCGCCCUGAACCUUCUGCGGUUGAUCGCGUUUCGCUUCAUAAAAAACAAGCCGCUUGACGGAGGUGGCGUGACGAGAGAGGACUUGGCGAAGAUGAACGACUACGGAGUAGCAACCGUGGAGCAAGAAACGGUCACUUUCCUCCACCGGACAUUUGCUGAAUUCCUUGCUGCCCAACACUUUUUGAAAAACGUGGAAGAGUCGAGCACUUUUGACAUGGAAUUUAUUAGCAAAUGGAAUAUGGAGCAGGUCAGAAAAUUUGUCGAUCUUUUCUACUCGACUUUAGAAAAGGAAAAAGAUAUCGAGUUUCACACGCAAAUGAUUGUGUUCAGUUUAACUAGAUACAACGAACCUCAGUUUCUGAUGAUUCAAGUUUGCAGAGAAAAUCUCAAACAGAUAUUUAGAAUGGUGAGGCCACACAUGAAUAUUUGUGACGAACAAACAUUAGAAUUUUCUAAUAUCAUGAAUCUUUCGCCAGAUAUUGCUGAAAAUGAUGUUAUUCAUUGUGGAAAACAUCGUUCUUUCAUUUGCGUGAAAUACGCCAUAAAAUUGCUGGUCGUUUCGAUAAGAAGCGAAGAAAUCGCAAUCGAGCUGUUGAAAAUGAACGUCAUCGAUUCACGAACCUUGGAAAAAUACAUGGAUGAGGUUCUAGAAGAAAUUGCCAAGUUUAACGCGAUCUCCGUGUUCAACCAGCUAAAAGAGACUUUCCCUAACAAAUUCAUCAAGCUGCUCCAAAAAUUCAAAUGCGGCGCUGGUUGCACAGCGGUUGAGAGGGACAACGAUGAAAUUCUAGAACUGUUCCUUGAAAACGGAUUCAACGUGAAUAGUACAAAGUACCAUUCCUAUGAAAACGCACUUUUCCUUGCUUGCUACCGGGGGAGACUCAAGUGCGUUCAAAUUCUCCUCAAACACGGAGCGAAACUAGCCAUUACAGAUGCAUGUUGUGACAAUCAAGUAUUUAUAGGCAAAAUCAUUUGGGACCCUUUGAAUGUGGCUGUGAGAUUCGGCCACCUAGAUAUUGUCAAGCUUAUUUUGGAGGAAGGAACCAGCGGAUUGGCCAGAGAUACGGUGACGCUUGAGGCAAAUAUUUUUGUGUUUUACGACGAGAAACCGAAAAGUGAUUACAUUGCCACGUUCAGAGACGAGUUCAACGCUUUCCAAUAUGCCAUCUUUUACAGAAAAAUGGAAAUAGCGGAAUACCUGCUCUCAAAAAGUCCAGCCUUGAAACACAUCAAGACAGGAAAUGGGAUGAGUCCUUUGCAGCUGGCAGUAGACUGCAGACAUGGAGAAUUCCUGGUCUGGCUGACAAGAGAAGUCGGCGAUGACCUGACUUCUUUGAUUCCGAGCGGCGAGCGACAAGAUUGGACCGAAGACGAUCACUUCAUCUACGACCACUUCCUGCUGCUGCGAGGCGACCUGACGAAAACGGACGAGCGAGGCAAAACCCUUCUCCACGUCGCCGCCCAGCACAGGCAUUUGCAGCUCGUCCGCGAUUUUAUUGAGAAAGGCACCGACGUGGCUGCCAAAGACGCCGACGGAUGGAACGCCUUGCACUUCGCCUGCACCUUCACCGAUUUCAUCAAUUACCACGACAAUUCAGAAGUGGUCAAACUGCUGCACUUAACUAACCCUCGACUGGUGAAAGAAACGACAAAUAACGGAGAAACUGUACUGCACAUUUUGGUGAACAACAGCUACUGCAACCAAUACGAAGAAAAGAUAUCGUUUAGCAGAGAAACUUUUCGGUUCCUUGUGGACGAAGCAGGGGUGGACUUGGAAGCCAAGGACAGAAAAGGCCGCACGGCCAAGGACGUGGCUGAUGAUGAUAAGCCUAAACUGUGGAAUGUGCUUAAUCAGUAAAAAAUAAAUUAUCUAUUUACAGUCUUAAACAUAAAAUUGGA